AUGCGUCAAGUCAGAAACAUGGCUUGUGUUGAGAAUUUAGCGCCAAUAAAUGUUGAUUCGGAGAUGGAGGAAGGAGAGAUAGUAGAUGAUCUCUCUGACAUAUCAUCAGAGGAGGAGUUCCUGUUGCGUCAGCGACUAGAAGUGUUAGAGAACUACAACAAUGUCCUUGAGCGUAAGAAAGCUAAGCAUUCUUCAAUUGGAUCAGGUAAAAAAUAUAAAAAGGAGAAUAUAUUAUCAUAUGACCUAUCGGAAGUUUCUGCUACUGAAUUGGAAGAUUAUUGUUUACCAUACAAAAAUGAUCAAGUACAAAAACCACCAAAAGCACACCACAGACAGAAAAGAAAAAAAGAAGAGUCAAGUGUUGUUAUUAAAAAUAAAGAACAUAAAAAGAAAACUAGUAGAUCUAAAAGAAAAUUAGAAAACAGAAAAGGUUUCUGUGAAUCCAGUGAAGAGGAGAUUACUGAUGAAUGUAAAAACAGGAGAAGGAAAUUGGCAGAUGCUGUAAUUGUAAAUAAACCUAAGAAUGAUAAAACAUCAUUGAGCGAAAGACUUCAGAAAAUGCUUCAUGGUGUUAAUCCAGAGGCAGUGAAAAUAGUUGUCACUGAAAAUAGUACCAUCAAUCACAAUGUUAUACCUAAAAAUCCACCUAACCAUUCCCUGAUCUUGCAGAACACUGAUGAACAUAUGCUAUGUUCAGAGAUUCCAGACAAUACACAAGAAAUUAAAACAUCUUGUGAAGUAAUAGACAUCUGCACGGAUGAUGAUAGUAAAACAGGUGAUAAAUUUAUUACAAUUGAUACAGUAGAUGCAGAUGUUAAAGAAAAUGAGCCUGGGAAUAAUAUUCAGAAAAUCAUAGACAGGAAUAAAGAUUCUAACCAAGAUUCUGAUGAUGAUUUAGAGUUGCUCAGACAACAUGCUCUCAAAACAAAAAUGGCAAAAAUAAAGAAGCUGGAUGAGAAUAAAAUAUCGUCAGAGGAUGAAGAUAGUGAUACCACAGAAUUAAGGUUAAUUUGUUUAAAAUCUGCAUUACUAAAGAAGGCAAUUGAAAUGAAACGAAAACAAAAGUUACAAAAAAAAUUAUCUCAGUCUUCCAACCUGCAAGAUGAUACAUUUGACCAUAUUAUGAUGGGCGAAAAAAUUAAUUUGGAUAACAAUACAGAUAUUGAAUCGGUUGAUAUGGAUAUUGGUUCAGAUGGAGAUGAGAAACUAAAAGAAAAUGAUGGAGAUUUUGUUAAAAAUACUGAGAUAGAACAAAGUGUUCCUUUGGAAAACGACAUUCCUGUUUUAAUGGUUACUAAGCAAGAUGAACUCGAAGAGGAUGAAGACUUAUUAAGAGCAAGAUUGUUAACGUCUCUAAGUAAAAAUUUACCAAACCUGGUCAAUCCCAAUGUUGAAAAGCCUGUUGAAAAUGUAAAAGACAAUGUUAUUAUUAAGCCAAAGCAGCAAAAGCCAAGUGUCAUCCCAGAAGAAAAGAGAUUUAUAAUCAAUGUUGAAUCAGACUCUGAAGGAGAACAUGAGGCCACAAAGAACCUGACAAAAAUGCAUAUGAAAUUAUCAGAACAAGUAGAUUUUCAACAGAAGCUUGAUAUGUUCUUGAAAUCCACCAGAAUGGAAGUAGAAAAAAAAACAACGCUGCCCGAUGUAGUUCAGCAGCCAGGACUGCCAAAGAAAAACGAGAAAUUUGUUGCUAAGGCCGUUAAAAAUUUGCCAAAGUCAGAGCAGAUUGAAUACAAAAAUCUGGUGAAAAGGAUGGCAGAGUUAGAAAAAAUCAAGCAGGCUCGACAGAAUACUAUGCAUUUAAGUGUUAAAGUACCUGUAGCUUCAAAGGAUACAUUAAAACCGAGAAAUGUAACAUUUGAUGCUUCCAAUGUGACCACAAUCAACAAUCUUGAGGAAAAAAUUACAAGUUCAAGAAAGCAUAUUGCAGAGGAAUCGGCGAAAAUGCUCAAGUUGAAAGAAGAGGGAACUAAACUGUCUCAAAGGUUUAAAAUAGUUGCUACAGAACUCCGUAAUAUUAAAACUGCUAUAGCCCUUAAUAAAAAACAGCAAAGAUCUGUUCAAAACUGCCUAUCGAAAAUAAGACUGCACCAUCAAAUGUUACUUAAAAGCUCACUAAGUUCAACACAUUCCAAACCAAAUACCAUACUGCAUUCAAAUCACAUUAACCCAAAGUUACAAAAAGAGAAUAAUCCCAAAGAUCAUAAAUCAGUGGUAUGUAAAGAUAUUUCCAUAGAAAAUUACAAGAACCCUGCAAUGCUGAAAGCUAUUAAAAUUGGGUUCAAUAAUGAUUUGAAACAACAAAAACUAGAAUGCAAGCCACAGCCUCCUGCAAUACAGCCUGCCAAACUAUCUGUAGAAGUUAAUAUUACCAAUAAUAAAAAAGUAGUGACAACCAUAAAUCAUGAUAGUGGUACUGACAUAAGUCAAGCAAAUAAUAAUAUGAUGGAAGAUUUACUUGAAAGUGUAAGGCAUUCAAGUCAUCCUGUCGUAGAGAAAGGCGGAGGGACAAUGGAUAUUGAGUCUUGUGCCUCAGAGAGAGGAGCUAGUGACGAUUACAAAUCGCCUCUCGAUGCGUUUGGCAGUAGCACCUGGCAGGCAGAUCCGAACGCGAUUCUCUGCCCUUUUGAAGUUUGCGGUGACUGCAAGGACACCGAUUGCAAAUACCUACACACUAUAACACAUUCUACAUGA